AUGCCUAUUGAGAGAAGGACGUUUAAGGAUCAGUUGGAACCAAGGGGAGUCCAUUCUUUCUUCAUCUCUUGUUUAUUCACGAUCAUAGUAGUGAUAUACAUAACAACCGUCAAGGCCGAUAUAACUAAUGAACAAAUCGACGAAUUAAGGUACAAAAUUCAAAAGCGAGAUAAUUUUUUCUCCAUUAAAGACGAAAUAAUACGACAGAAGGACAAAGUUCUCGGAGAUGGUCUGGUGAGAAGACUAAUGGAAACAGCCGACUGUUUACAAUUUGCAGGUGAUUAUCUUUCGGAGACAAUAAUUGACAGAGAGCAAUAUGAGUCUUUGCUGCAAGGUAAAAAGAAACAACUCGAUGCGAUGAGGCUUGCUGUUAUUGAUGCUGACAACAUGGCUGGUAUUAUUCAUAACUCGGCUCAAUACAUUAGCAAUGAUGUGAUCAAUUUUGUGAGAACUCGUACUAAAAGCUUUCAUGGUGUUGAGUACUAUGCAGAAAGCACCAACAAUGUCAGCCUUACAUACCCAAUGCUUUUUCGAACCGUCGAAGGAGCUUUUCCGAAAUACGAAAAUCAACAACUUGUGAGAAGAAUAAGAAAUCGGAUAUCUGUAGGACAAUCUCACGCGCUAUACCUAUUACCUAAUGGAAAACUGUAUUCGACAGGUUAUAACGCAAGUUCAAGUCUUGGAAGAACUCUUGGCAUGGCUACUGGCAUGCUUCACUAUCUGUACCCUGUUGAGGGUUUGGAGAAUAGAACAAUUCUACAAUUUCACACAGUUCACCACUCCAGCAUUGUUCUUACAGAUGAUGGAGUUUACUCUUUUGGAUAUAACGGAGAAGGACAGCUUGGAACUGGACGAAAAUUUGACUCUUCUGUAGCUACUAAGGUGUUAGGGUUUGCUGGAGCAACAAUCGCCCAAGUGGCUGCAGGAUAUUCCACUUCGUACGCCAUCGAUACAAACGGGAAAGUGUGGAUAUGGGGCAGCAACUUGUAUGGUGCUCUAGGAGACAGGACUGGUGGAGACAAGGCUCGCCCAUUUCCCAUGUAUUACAAUGGGACUUUCUAUGGGAAGAAAGCAUUAAGGGUUUGUGGUGGAGAAACAUUUUCUGUAGUUUUGAGCACGGAUGGAGAUAUUUUCACUUUUGGAUCAAACGUAUAUGGAGAGCUUGGACUGUCUUCUACAAUCGUCAAGACAAUGGAGCCUUUGAGAAUGCCUUUAGUAGGAGCGUUGUUUAAUGAUCCCGUUAUCGACAUAUCUUGCGGAUUUAGACAUACUCUUGCUCUGUUGUCAUCUGGACAAGUUGUCGGAUGGGGAAGUAAUAAUCAUUAUCAACUUGGUGACGGCACCACAACCAAUGUAUUCCAACCAAAACUUAUUCCAAUUCCGUGUAACGUAUCCAUGAUCACAGCAGGCUAUGAAACCAGUUUUGCUGUGUGUACAAAUUCAACUAUUUUUACAUGGGGGUAUAAUUCGAAAGGAGAAGCAGGUGUUGGUAAUGUCAAUGCAAUUACGAAGCCCACCCUCGUCACUAGUUUCACGACAGGUAAAAUUAUGGAAGUGGUCAGCUCUCAAACGCAAACAUACGUGCUUACAUCGGAUGAUGUGUUGUUUGGAGCAGGAGGGGGAGCGCAAACGACAUAUUUCAACACUACAAUAACAAAUAAGUUCAGCGUUAUGAAAAAUUACCUUAAUCACACCAUUCCUUGGCAAUUACGAAAAUUGCCUUAUUUCGAGGCAGCUGGAAGAGUGUAUGCAUUAGUUGCUUGGUCAUUGCCGCCAUCACGCCCUGGAAACGGUUUUAACAUGUAUUAUAGAAACAAGAACGAAUCAGAAGCAGCAUGGAACAUUAUUGAAUACGAUCCUGUAAACAAUAGGGGUUUCCCUGCCUCCAUUUACAAUAGCCAUUUCUUGAAAUAUGAUGAAUAUAUAUACUUUUUCGGAGGUUUUGUCAAUGAUUCUCUAUCAGACAAAAUAUUUAGGGCUGCAUAUGCCGAUGUGGAAACUUGGGAAGUAUUAGACCAACGAUUGCCUUAUCGGGUAGCAGGAGGAAUGUCCUUUGUUGUUGGAAAUUACUUUUACAUUUUUGGAGGAAUCACUUCGAUGUACAAUGAAAGAACUGGUGAUUAUCACCAAAAUGUGACAAGAACCAUUAUUAGAGCUCCUGUGAGCAAUCUAACAGACUGGCAAGAAUGGGACCUGAGAUAUUUACCAACUCCACUACACAGUGCAACUAUUGGAGUUGUUGGUGACUAUAUUUAUUUGUUUGGAGGUUGUCCAGAAGUUUAUUCGUGCACCUAUAACAUUUACAGGGCCUUGUUGAGUGAUGUUGGAACCUGGAUGGUCACGUAUGGUAUUUUACCUCACUAUUAUGCCAAUGGUGUUUUGGUACAGACACCAGAACAUAUUUAUUUAUUUGGUGGAUUUAAUGACCCUAAUGCUCUCGUUGGUGUUUCCAUUUCGAAAGCUCGCAAGACAGACCCUGUUGGUGCUUGGAACGCCCUUACAGACAAACUUCCUUAUGCUAUGGCUUAUUCUGGCGGGUUUGAUAAUGGAACUCAACUUGAGUUUGCUGGAUAUGAUUUUCGACCAUCACAAACACUAAAUCCUAGUAUUAAGAAGUUCAACCAAAUUAUAUUAGUGGACUUUAUAAACGAACAGCAUUAA